UACGGACAAAGUUCUUCUCGUGUUUAUCUUUCUCACGCCCUUUUCUGGUUCUCCGGGUGACUGCUAGGGUUAGGGUUAGGGUUUGCGUUCGGGUGCUCCGGAUCGUGCAUCGUCAAUGGAGGAGAUUACGGAGGGAGUGAAUAAUCUCAACGUGAGCGACACUCACAAGAAGAACAGGAUUCAGGUCUCCAAUACCAAGAAACCCCUUUUCUUUUACGUCAACCUCGCCAAGAGGUACAUGCAACAACAUGAGGAAGUUGAGCUCUCUGCUCUUGGGAUGGCAAUUGCCACCGUCGUUACCAUUGCAGAGAUCCUGAAGAAUAAUGGGCUUGCUGUGGAGAAGAAAAUUAUGACCUCUACUGUUGACAUGAAGGAUGAAACAAGGGGCAGGCCCAUUCAGAAAGCGAAGAUCGAAAUUUUAUUGGGUAAGACAGAAAAUUUCGAUGAGUUGAUGGCCGCUGCUGCAGAGGAAAGGGAAGCGGCUGAUGCUGAGGGGCAGAACUGAGUGUUUAUCUGUUUGUCUUGCAUUACUUAAUUUGUUUUCUCUGGACAAGAAAAAGUGAUGAUAAAUUUUCUUUAAGUUUUGUUUUAAUCAUUUAUUGUAGCUUUGCAACUUGUGGUGAUCGUAUAUUAGUAAAAGUUUCAAUUUCUUGGUUCUUUAAUUGAGAGGCUGGUUUAUGUGA